AGUGAAAGAACUAGAAGUAUUUUGUUAAUUUGUUUCCGUCAUAAGUUAUAAAUAAAUUAUCCUUCUAUUGAUAUUUACCGCAAAUCUUUUUGCCAAAAUGCGUAAUUAAGUAAAUUAAAGUGUAAGGUACGUUAAUGCAUGGUUAUUAUGAGCCCAAAGUGCCCAAUAACACUUGUCACUGUAUUGAAUGACCCUAGUGUCAAAAGAAUAAUGGAAGGUUAAUAGUUUUUGGAGUCAAAGUUCCUUAAAUAACGCAUUUCGCUUGGUUUGAUCACUACAAUUAGCUUGUUGCAGACAAAUUUAUUAAGAGACAUAAUAUUUGUCUAUAGACUUUUUACCAGCACAGUGCGACAUGUUCCUCACUAAGUUUGAUAAGACUGAUAACUUUAUCCUGUUUAUUUUUCACAGCAUGCUUGUUUUCUUUUAUUUAAACAGUUUGCAUCCGCAUGUGUAGUGUAGAUUUGCUAUUAUUUCGUGAAUUAAGUGUUUAUAAUAUAAUUGUCAACAUGCAGUCUUGUGUUGGAGUGGAUGCUUCAAGUAUGGGCUCUGUUUGGAAGAGACUCCAGCGAGUCAACAAAAGGGCUGCCAAGUUUCAGUUUACGGUCUCCUACCAUCAGCUGGCAGUGGAUUUUACUUCCAAAUGGGAACCCCACAAAUUGCUGCUAGUAUGGUCGAGGCGAUCGAGAAGAGUUACUUCUGUACCAAUGAACUGGGAACGAACUCUACAAAACCCGUACAAAGGUUUAGUAGUUUGGCCUGUUCCCGAAAACCACCAGGUUGCGGUUACGCUCUUCAAAGAUCCUAGAACGAACGAGCUGGAAGACAAGGAUUGGUCUUUCAUACUUGAAGAUGUACCUCCAGCGGGGAAACGAAGACAACUCGCUAUCGCACACGUAAAUAUGCGAAAGUACGCCAGCGUAGAAUCAACACAAACCGAACUUCAAAUAAACUUUAAGCCAACUACCAAAAAAAUUACAGGAGCCAAGCUGGACUGCACCUUAUCUUGCGUAUUCCUUAGAGAAGGCAAAGCUACGGACGAAGAUAUGCAAUCAAUGGCUUCCCUUAUGUCUGUGAACAAUAAUAGCGAUGACAUAGCUGCGUUAGAAGAUGUUGAAGAGGACGAUUUUUCAUUAAGCGAUAACGUUAUGAAAAACAGUAUGCACGAAGUGACACAACAUCUUCAGUUAAUGACGAAUAGUUUGUCUGGAUCGGAUUUUGCUAGUACACCUAUUAGUGUGGCAAGUAUUCUAUCAGACGAAAAAACUCCGACUGCCGAAACGUUUUCUCCAACAAACGACAUGAACAAACCCGUUCGACCUCUUCCUGUUCCCCCUCCUAAAGAAACCGACUUCCUUACAAAUGAAAAAGACUUUUACUCCGAACAGUGCACGGAGACCUUGGAUAAUUUGGAACUGAUCGCAGAAGAAGGCGAAACUGAAAUUCAUGCGAUAAAUGUUCCGAAACCCGUAAUAGAAGUUGAAAAACCCAAAAUCGUGGAGGUGAACGUCAAGAAAAAUGUCAAUUUGCACCUGCAACCGUUGGAGUUUAUAGAACAAAUCGAGACGCCAAAGAAUCAACAAAAACUGAGUACACCAGGUCAAGAUUUAUUAGAAUGGUGUAAGGAAAUGACGAAAAAUUAUAAUGGUGUGAAAGUUACCAAUUUGACCACGAGCUGGAGAAAUGGAAUGGCAUUUUGUGCUCUUAUACAUCACUUCGAACCUGAUUUAAUUGAAUUUAAUUCUUUAUCUCCGCACGAUGUCAAAGGAAACUGCAAAAAGGCGUUUGAUGCAGGAGAUAGACUGGGUAUACCGAGAGUUAUCGAACCAACAGAUAUGCACAUGCUGGCAGUUCCUGAUAAACUGGCAGUGAUGACCUACCUCCACCAACUUCGGGCGCACUUCACCGGUCACCAGCUAGAAGUUCAGCAGAUCGGAAAAACUGCAGAAGAAACUAACUACGUCAUAGGAAAAUUCAAUACUGACAAAGAUACUGAUAUUACUAAACAGGUAUUUGGUCAAGAAAUCAUGAAUCUACGGAAAUCGAAACAAAACAAAAAACAAGACAAUCAAACAGAGAUAGAAAUGAAUCUUGCCAAUAGAAACGAGCCGAAAGGAGAUGCCUCGAAACUUAGGUUACCUCUUAAAAUAACUAAUGAACCGGAACCUGUGAAGGAGCCUAAGGAGAAGUCACCGACCAUUGUGAAAGACGUCAAAAAUAUAAUAAAUAAGGUAAUUCCUUCUCCGGGUAAAGAUAAACAGGAAUCUAUUAAAAAAGAAGAAAAGAAGCAAGAAGUAAAGAAACCAAUACUUAUGACCAGAAGGGAAUUAACAGAUCCGUUCGGUUCGGAUGAUGAGGAAAGUCCUCCAGCUGAUAAUAGUAUCGCAGAUAAUAAGUGUACAGAAAUGAAUGGUGAUAUUAAUCAUAAAUUAGAUGUAAGUGAUAGUAAGGAAAACAAAGAUAGUGAGAAAAAAGAUGAUGUAUUUUCGGACUUGCCAAAACCGAAUCCUGUUUGGUUUGCAAUUAAAAGUUUUUUCACGCGUCUGCAGCAAAUUCUUAUGAGACAUUCGGAGCAAAGAGAAAGGGCGCGGGCGUUGCUGGAACAGGUGAAGAAGGAGGGAUCGAAUCCAACCUCACCGUCAAAGUCUGAAGAAGACAGGCAGGCACUUCUUCGCGAAAGGGCGAAGAAGCUUAUUGCCGAUGCCAGAAGAGGUUCCGGUUCAACUACAGAGAUCAUUAGAAUAAGUCCGGAGACUAUGAGAGCUUACAUGGAAAGCGAAGAAAAAGUGAAAAAGUUAGAUAACGAGAAGUUAUUUGAACGCCAGAAUAGUACAGGGUCAGAAAGGAAUGGAAAUGUAUACUCAAAUAAUGUAAAUAAUAUAGAAGAUCCUUCUAUCAAAUCUAGUCCAAUAGAAAAUGGUAGAGAGAGAAUCACUCCGGAUAGGUUACCAGAUGAACUGGGAUUAAAGGAGAUGGGUAUAGAUGUUCAUUCGUGGAUUGACAAAGAAAUGGAAGACUUAGAACGAGAACAGCGCUCCAUAGAUGAACAAGCUGCCAAUUUGGAAAAACAACUACGAUCGGUUAUGGAAUCGAGAGAUAGUAAUGGUGAGGAAGAGGAAGCGCUAAUGGCAAAAUGGUUUAUGUUUGUUAACAAGAAAAAUGCUUUGCUCAGGCGGCAGAUGCAACUUAAUAUUUUGGAGAAAGAAGCGGACCUUGAAACAAGGUAUAAAAUGCUUAAUGAAGAGUUGCAGAAAAUAGCGUCAAUUGAAGACUGGAGGAAAACGGAAGAGCAACGGAACAGAGAACAAGUGUUGCUAGAGGAAUUAGUUCAAAUAGUUAAUAAGAGGGACGAAUUAGUUCAUCAUUUGGAUAGCCAAGAAAAAGCGAUCGAAGACGACGAAAUAAUAGAAAAAGAUUUAUCCCACAUCGAGUUACCGGCAAAAGUUGGCAACUGCGUGAUAUCCUAAUUUAUUUUCAUUUGGUUCAUUAGUCAAAGAAAAGUGUUUGGUAUGAUUUGAAUUUUUGUCAACUCGAAAUGCAAACGUUGGUGCUUCUUGUGAUAUACUUAGUUAACCUUCCUGUUUAGUAAAUACAUUUAUAAUUGUCUCCUUUAAUGUUAUACUAAUUGGAUCACAGCUGUAAUGUAAAAUAAAGAAAGCUUAGAAUGGUAUUUAUAGAAAUUAAAAACAAUGUUGCC